AAUCCACCUCUUGCUGGAAGAAGGAAAAACCAGCUUACAUGAUACAGACCCAAAACAAAAUAAAAAAAAUAAGGUCAUCAUCUUACUUGCGCCUAAGAUGAGGAGCAACAUGGGUACAAAACAAGUUGCGCAGAGGUCCUCUCUCGGAGCUCUUCAAAGGAGGAGUCUGAAACGGAAAAAAAGUGACCAAAAAUUAAGUAGGAGCAUCAAAAAGAUAAGGGCUGACAUGGUUGAGAUUAGCGAGGGUCAAAAACGCAUAAGGGAGGGUCAAAUGGAAGUAAGGGAAAAAUUCCAGGAAAUAAGUAAAGAGGCUGCCAAACUUAAAGAGGAAACUAGUCAAAUCUCCAAGCAGAGUGCUGCAAAUCAACUCAGGCUUGAUCUCAUGUUUCAGAUCGUAAAGGCAAGAGCAGAGAAUGAUUUUGCGAAGGAUGAUUUACUCACCCAAACCUUACGGGAUCUAAUGGCAAAGCAGAACAUCAGCAAAACCCAGGGUCUCUAGGAAGAACAAUGCUCAACAAUCCAUCUUAAUGAUGCGUGUACUCUGUAGUUUUUUUUUUUUUAGCGUGGCAGUUUGGGUGCACUAUGACCUUGCAAGCCUAGUUUGUAAGCCCAAUAAACAGGUAAGAUAUCGCAGGGUGACAAGCGUACACAGAGAAUCGAACUUGGAACGGCAAAAGGAGACAACUACACAACGCUGGAGCACGAACCUCAAGCGUACUCUGUAGUAUAUUCAUGUAACGUACCGUAGUUUUAAUAUAUUUGUAAUGGAUGAUGACUGCAAGUUUUUUCUAAGGGUACUUGAGCACAAGACGAUGGGUCUUUUCUUAUGUAAUUUAUAUAUUAAUGGUGUUUUUGAUA